AUUAGUAAUUGCUAGAAUGCCACAAAAAGAUGCUGCUCAUCUUGACCCUUUCCUAUUUAUUUUUUCUUCUUAGUCCUCAGAAACAUAUAUAGCAGCAUUGGGUAUGGAGAUCGAAAGCAGUAGUCAGCAAUCUCUCCAUCUUCCGGAAGAAAUCAUUGGAGAAAUACUGCCAAGACUGCCGGUGAAAUCACUGUUGAGAUUCAGGUGCGUUUCGAAAUCAUGGGGCUCUUUAAUUGGCAGCGAAAGAUUAAUAAAAAAACACCACCAAAAUUCGAUGAAAAACCCAUCUUUCCUCCAACAAAGGUUCAUUGUAGAGACGGAUUCGGUUGAAUGGCCUCAGCAAUGUUCUCUGCUGUCGGUUUUGAGCGGACCGAUAAAUACUAUCCCUUUUUCUCCUUUAGCUUAUCCAACGAAUAACACAUUGCCGAUGGGAUAUCACUUUGCUUAUCCAAGGAAUACUACAUUGUCGAUCGGAUAUGAAAUUGUGGGGAGCUGUAAUGGGCUUCUCUGCAUUGUCGAUGAUGAAAAUAUAUUUCACUUGUGGAACCCAUCCACUAGAAUAAUCUCCAAGAAACUGCCAGAAAUUUCACUUGUUAAUUAUCUCGACGAUUUUGAUAAUUUCGGGUUCGGUUGGGUUGAAUCGAGUGAUGAGUACAAGGUGUUUGUGAAUGUGGUUAAAUCUGACUCCAGCGUCGGUGAAAUUUAUAGUACAAGGACAAAAUCAUGGAAAACAAUUGAUCUCUGCCCAUAUUUCCUUCCAUUUAGGAAGGGGGGAGUGUUUGCAGGUGGGAAGCUUUACUGGAUGUACGAAGAUGAUAAAGUUAUUAUUUUCUUGGACUUGAAGAGUGAGGAGUUUGGAAGGAUUGAGAUUCCCUUUGAUCAAGAGAUGUAUGGAGAGUUUGAACAAGAUAAUUACGGCAUUGUGGGUGUGCUUGGUGGUUUCGUUUGUGUGCUAUGUUUUAAUUAUCAGAUUAGAGGCUAUCGAGUUUGGGUUACGAAGGAGUCUUGGGAGAAAGUGUUGACUCUUUCUCAUCUUCUCGAGCUUCUUCAACCACCAUUGGUGAAAGGUCUAAAUGGAGACAUUUUGGUAAACUGUGGAUCCACUGUGGUGGUCUAUGAUUGUCAGGAUAAUGUGUUCCGCGACCUCAAGUAUUGUUCCUGUUGUGAGGAUUCUGAGUUCAACAGCCACGAGGAUUGUGUCGAUUCAAUUUCACAUGAUGUCUAUGUUGAAAGUUUAGUCUCGCCAGAAGAUUUUUGAAACAAGUCUUAGAACAUGAUUGUGAGUGGUUUCAUAGCUUUAUUUAUGAUAGGUGUUUUAUUUCGAUGCUUUAUAUAUAUAAAUAUAUAUUUUGAUCUUGUAGAUCCUAGUC